UGACAGUUCUUCACUACAACUCCAUUGCCUUGUGAACUGUCUGGUCUGCCUUUGAUAAGCAACGAGGCAAAUGAAUAUAUCCGAUCCAUCGACCGGAGAAGAAACUAUAAUACAAAGCAACAUGGACGAAAGGUCUCUUUCCCUGACCUUAUCGGAGGUGCUGCAUAUCCCAAACAGGAAACUUACACGACAAGCAAUUCGGAAAGCCAGGAUACGGGUACGACGAGUUCGAGCAGUACAACAUCAUCCUCAAUUACAAAGACAAACAGCUCCCAAGAAAUGCCACCUCGUUCACCGACUCCAUCUUUCCGCUCGAACAAUCAUAAUAAUAACAACAACCGAUCCGCAAAAACGGAGGCACAUCCAAAUGCUCUGAAGAACAUAAAGAACUACCCUCUCUUGCUCGCUUCUUUAACCGAAGCUGCGCACCACCUUGAAGAGAGUAACUCCGGUCUUUACCGCAGGUCGAUUUCCCACAUCGAUUUUCGAGAUCUUGAUUUGGAUAAGAUUUCGAAGCUUUUUGGCUUAGAAGAUAAUUGAGCAUCCAUAUAUAUAUAUAACUUUUUUUGUGAUAAAAUAGUUACGGAUAAAUAAAAUG